AUGGAGAAUAUCGUCCCUGUAACACAUCCAGCGUCAGAGCUGGAUGUGGUGACCGAGCAACAGAUGCGCAAGCCGUCUGUCUCCGCCGUUGAGAAACCCCAGGUCAUGGAACGUAGCUGGGGUUUCGCCGCUCGUACCGACAGCACCGUGACGUACGAAGAAUACGUCUACUGGGCCAAGAUCGAGCGUGAGAUGGAGGUUGAAGAGAAUAAAGUGUUCCAGGCUGAGCACGGCUCUCCCCUGAAGGACUCGAUCAAGAACACUUUUUCGAAAUCCGGCCGAGCGAAGACGAAAGCAGCAAAGGAGGCCAGACUUCAGACCUUGGCAACUCUUGCAGAGAAGCAGCCUGGGGGUGUUGUUGUCAAUGAUUCCGACAGUGGUCAUCCGGUUGAGAAUGCGCUGAAGGUCUCAGACGCAGAAUGGCGUAAUGCUGCUCGUGCACUCAGAACUGCUAGCUGGGGCCAGAUGUUCUUCCUCAUCACCACUGACAUUCUCGGUUGGUCGGGUGCACCAUUCGUCUUCGCCAGCGUAGGCUACGGCACAGGUGUAGCUCUCUACCUCAUCUUUGGUGUCUUUGCUGCCUGGGGCGGCUGGGUUAUUUGGAAAGUUUUCCUCGAUCUCGACUCAUCUCGCUACCCAAUGCAGAGCUUUGGUGACCCAUUUUUGCGCCUCUACGGUGUGAAAGCUCGUCAUUUCAUCAAUAUCGCCCAGUCGCUCCAGCAGUUCUUCACCGUGGCUAUCCUGAUCUUCAGUAAGGCUUUGAAUAUUGAGCAGAUUGCUCAUGGCAAGGUGUGCUUUGUGGCUAUGAUGGUUGUCAUCAUGGUCGUUGGCAUGCUUGGAGGAUUCAUUCGGAGCUUGAGAAAGAUUGGAUGGAUUUCGAAUGCUGCCGUGUGGUUGAACAUUGUGAACUUCAUUAUCUGUAUGACUGCUGCCUCACACUUUGCCCCUUACUACCCAGCAAUCACAAGGUCUACACUUAUCAAGACUAUCGAGCCCAUCAAAGUCUUUGCUGGCAUUCCACCAGAUCAGUAUCAACAGCAGUCUCCCGGUUUUGCCGCUACAUUCAACGCUGUGAACACCAUGGUCUACGCAUACGCGGGCGCUCUCCUCUUCGUUGCCUUCCUUUCGGAAAUGAGACAUCCCUUAGACUUCUGGAAGGGGAUGUUUCUUGCCCAGGCUUUCAUUUGUAUCGUCUACAUGUUCUUCGGUGUCUUCGUCUAUUCCUUCUACGGCCAAUAUUCCGCCAACAACAUUGUGAACGUUGUAAAUCCGUAUGGCCUACAGACUGCCGGCAACAUUCUCAGACUUCUCUCCGGUUGGAUUGCCAUCAUCAUGUACUUCAACAUUGGCAUGAAGACUGUGUAUCUAGAGGUUUUCCAGUCCGUUUUCAACUUUCCCUCAAUCGUUGAAAAGAAGGGCAAGAUCCUCUGGUACCUUUUGGGACCAUGUUACUGGAUCCUCGCCUUUGUCGUUGCGGGAGCGGUGCCCAACCUCAACGGCAUCGUCAGCUUGGUCGGUGCUGUCUUCAUGAUGAACUUUACAUACACUUUCCCAGGCAUGAUGUACUUGAGUAGCAUCAUCCACAAGGCUGCUGAGCUUCCUGGCGAAGGCUUCAACCCAGCUACGCGUGAAACAAUCAGGCACGACAGCGGUUUGAAGAGAUGGAUGAGAGGAUACAAGAAGACUUGGCUGAAAAGCACCAUUGCAGUUAUCUACAUUCUCCUUGGCCUCGCAUGCUGUGGAAUGGGCACCUGGGCUGCUGUUGAAGGUUUGAUUGCCGUUUUCGGACCUGGCGGAACCGUCGCCGUCAGCUUCGGAUGCCCUGUGCCUGUGUAG